UUCCAAUGCACGAACAACGAAAUACUUGUAAUCAUUCACGUAGUUCGUAGGAAAGUUGAGUUGCAGAAACACAUUGUGGCUGGUGAAGACAGCGCCCUCUAGAAGGAGAAGCUACUUGCAUGUGGCGAGGGCCCUCAAUAGCAAGAUCGUGGUUGCACAAGGUCGAAUUCGGCCAUAGACCAGCGUCCCAAAGCGAAUACACACGGAUUUUAUAUUGCACAACUUGGAUUACCCCAGCAGCAAGUCCGGUAGUUCAUCCUAACCAGCGGACACCAGCAGCUGUUUCAGCACUCCAAUCAGCUCGGGGAAGUAAUUAGUUAGUGUGCCGCCCUGGACAUAGCGAUAGUGGUUAGCCUCACUGCGCAGUCUCAACAAACAAGCAGCGAGUUAGCGCGGACCUAUCACAACUGAGCUUGUCAUGGCCGCGGCGCUGAGUGAGACGGCCGGUCCUGCCAGGAGCACUGCACCGUCAGAGGUGAUCAGUGUGAUCGCCAGCGCUGGCCCCGGAGCAGGGCAGGGAGUGGACGGCGGCGGCCACCCAUCACCCACAUUGCUGCAUCGCUUCACUCACACGCCGGAGAAUGAGGAGGACAUCGAUGAGCUGGACAACUUGGUGUCGGCGCGUGAUAAACUGGAGCUAUAUAACAUGCUAGCCUUGGAGAAAGACAUCAUCAUUGACAAAAGUUGUCCGCGGGAAAGCGCCAUCGGCAGAAUCUACCCAGCGCGGUGGUUAAGUGCCCAUGUGGAUGUAGCUUGCCUGGAGAUUGAUCCAGAGCAUCUGAACAUACGACAGCACGCUCUCGGUGGACUGAUCAACACAGCACUAAGCCUAAGGAAAGUUGUAUCCAAAAUCAACCAUCACUACUCAACAUCACACACGGCCAAAGCACCAGGAAAAUCCUCUGCUCCGCGGCAUGCUGAAGAGAUCAGGCACUUGUCCUCGCCAUCUCCUCGCAAGACCAAGACAGGCAGUGGCACGGCCAGUGAAAGCAGCAGCAGCAGCAGCGGCGGCAGUGCUGGUAGUAACUUCCGAGCGCACAUCCAAGAGCUAGUGGCAAUGCAGCUGGAGCCACACUUGAAGAUCAUAACAAGUGCCAUGCCGAACUGUACGUCAGUGCACCAGCUCAUCAAGGCUGGACAAGCACACUGGUCAUGGGCAGAGAAAAUGAACAUGUUACUACAAGUAUCACAGGGACUAUCGGCGCUGCACAGCUACGGAGUCAACCAUGGAAACCUGCGACUCACCAACCUCUAUCUCAACCCGGUCAUGAAACGAGUAGUGAUCUGUGCUACAGGCUGGGAUCGACUGCUGCCACCCGAUAUCCUCAAUAUUCACCAGGCCGAUGACCCCGGUUCUAUUCGCUGGACAGCUCCAGAGUGCUACCAGUACAUAACAAACCUGACGGCUCGCAGCAGUACGAGUUCACCAUCGGCGGCACAAACUGAGCCUACAACAGCCCAGGCGCCAAACACGCUUCGCAACCACCACGGUCGACUCAUCGCUGUGUCGCCGCGCAGAUUGCGUCCGCACCCGCCCGGGCAUCGUGUGGCCUGUGACGUGUUUGCCUUCGCCGUCACCAUGUGGGAGCUUGCACAAUGUACCGGGCAGCUUCCCUACAACGAGCUACGCUACACCAGAGAGGUUAUUGCUUUCGUUCAAGCUGGCAAGCGGAUGUUAAUGCCUCCGACGUGGCCACUAGAUCUCCGCGAGCUGAUCACAUUGUGUUGGACGGGUGAGUUCACACGUCGGCCUACGUUUGGUACUAUCACCGAGGCGCUGACGUGCAUCAUGCUACAGCAGGGUAACAACCAGACUGCCCAGUAGUCCCCGCAGGCCAAGAACCCGCAGUAGUCCCCGCAGUAGUCCCCGCCGCAGGCCAAGAACCCACGGCUCAGCUCAUACAAUACCACACGGCCACAGUCACCGCUCGUCGACUGGUAGUUUGCAUAGCCGUAGACGGAAAGUGGAAUUUCUCUGUCCACCGCUGAUCAUAUACAGUAUCAGUGACAGGGACAGACUGGCCUGGAGCAGGCCAGAGUGUGUUGCCAGUGGAACUCACUACUUGUUGACCAAACAACACAAUCUCAAAUUCUCAAGUGUUCAUGUUUCGUUUAGUGGAACACCUUCUUUGACAGAUGAUCACCAAGAUAUUUACUAGUUCAUACAGUCUUCCAUAUUGGAUUUUUUAAAGUUGCAUAUAAAGUACUUAAAAGUACUGUGCCCACCAACUUGGCCUUGGAUAUGACUUAUAAAAGCUAUAUGAUACUACAUUGUAUGCCUGUACGUCGACAUGACCUGGGAUAUGACUGCACUACACCUGACUGUAACUGUUACAAUUACUUCAAAUGAAAACUAAGAUGCAUUUUGGUACGUCAGUAGUACAGAGUGUUUUCUUUCGUUAAUUUUAUGCGGAGAGCCUGUGUUUCUCUCACGCUCCAUGCAGCCUGUGUUUCUCUCACACUGCAAUGACGUGUUGGGAGCUGCAUCUUUUUUUUCUUGCUGCUGGCUCACUGGGGUACCCUGGACAUCCUGACGGGUGCGGAAAGGUCGGUGCAACUGGCCGGAAAUCUGUAAAACAUUAUAAUUCAUGGCUG